AGGAUUGUGGAGGUUGUAGUAACUAGCCACAAAAACUACAACUUCCAAUGUGCACCUCUACCUGGUUUUAUUAUACUGUUCAUGGCGUCUGAUCGGGAACUACAGACAGGUCGCCUCCGGACUACCAGAUAGGCCAGUGUGACUUUAACGGUUUUGUUUUGGCCGUGUCAGCGGGACAACAUGGAGGUGGACAGUGUCACGGUGGGGGACGAGGAGCGUUUGACCCAGCUGAGGUUUGAAGCUGCGGUGAAAGUGAUCAAGAGUUUACCCCCGGAUGGUCCCUUUCAACCCUCCAACAGCAUGAUGCUCAAGUUCUACAGUUACUACAAACAGGCAACUGUGGGACCGUGCAACAUACCCCGACCUCGCUUCUGGGAUGCAGUCGGACAAGCAAAAUGGGAUGCUUGGGAUUCUCUUGGUGAUAUGUCCAGAGAAGCAGCAAUGGCAGCCUAUGUUAAUGAAAUUAAACUGAUUCUGGAGAGCAUGCCGAUGACGGAUGAGGUGGAGGAGCUGUUGCGCAUCCUGGGGCCUUUCUACGAGCUGGUUGACGAGAAGACAAAGAUAACGCAGAUCUCAGACCUGAGUACAGCUCGUUUGACACGGUUUGCUAGGCAACUGGAAGGGUUUGGUUCAAUGCUGAAUUCAACACCAGCAAAAAGUGUCACAAAGAGCAUUGUUAAAGCCAUGGAGAUGAACGGAACCCUGAGGACUCAGCGGCUCAAACCAAAGGAAUUGAGUGAGAGAUCAGAUGAGGAGGAGGAUGAAGAGGAAGAUGAGGCAGACGUUAAGACACAGAAAGAAAGAAAAGAUUUACAACCAAAAGAGAAAAGAUUAUCCAGGAAACACAAAGUGCUGUCAAAUGGUAAAGUGGCCAAUGGAGGCCUCCAUCUGACCAAUGGUCAUUCCAGGGCUGCUCUCAACAGUGACAACUCCCAGGAGGGUUCAGUCAACGAGCAAAUCCUUAACGGUCACCAUUCAGAUCAUAUCGGUGCAUCUGGUCCCAAUCAGCUGGCCAGUGACUCGGACAGUGAGGUCUACUGUGAUUCUGUGGACCAGUUUGGUCAAGAAGAGUACUCUGAACAUAACCUGGAUGACACAGAUGGCGAAGACAAUGACGUUCUGGAACCUCAGAAAAAGCAGAAGAACCAUGAGGAUCCUCAAGGUCUACACCACGCCAUCGGGUGUGGAGGGGAGGAUGGAGAGACCGGUGAGUCGAUGUCACAGAGACGCAAGCUGAAUGCAGACACGAGGGAGGGUUCCAUGGUCAGAAGAGGAAAGGGCUCCAGAUCCCCGGGUAGUGGCUUUGGAAUUCUGCUGCCCAUCCGAGGUGGUGGAGAUGGAGAUGGAGACAGGAGCCAGUGGGGAGGAGCAGUAACUCCUGGUGAGAGCCUGAAUGAGCAGAUCGUUGUGGUGUUGGCCAGGCUGCAGGAGGACAUGCAGAGCGUCCUGGAGCGGCUGCACAGCCUGGAGGCUCUGACUACCAGCCAGGUGAGGUCAGUGGCUCUGUCUCCCACUUAUACACCUCUCACAGUUAAUAAGAGUCAGAAACCAUCGUGGUGGCCUUUUGGCAUUUCUCCAACCAGUUUGGCCUUAGCUGUGAUUUGGCCGUUUGUGGUUCAGUGGCUUAUCUGCCUCUACCUCCAGAGAAGGAGAAGACGGAUCAACUGACCUGAGUUCUUGGAUUGGGUUUCUAACGGCCGUAACCUCCCCUGCUUAGACCCACAGCCUGAUUAUUUGCUUUUGUACUAUGAAGAAAGCACCUGAAGUAAUGACUGAGAGCAGAAAGUUUCAUAAGUGCAUUGCGCUGUGGACGUGGAAUCUGAGAGAAAAGUGAAUGUAUGUGCUCGGUUGUAUGGAGUGUCCUUACAACCCUUGAAAGACGUUAUUUUCCUGUGUAAGAAGCUGUUCUUGUUUAAGAACUGUGCAGUUGGGACGUUUGUGCAUUCAGAACAGAUCACAGUAGCUUCUCUACUUCCAUAUAAAAGGCUUUGAUUGCACAAAAUAGGCCUAAUACUUGUUCUUGAGCACAAUGCUUGAUGUGAUCAUCAAUUUAAUCUGAUUAGUUGCCCAGGCAGUGCUGCUCUAAUAAACUAUACUGACUGUAGUAGAAUGUAAUGUUAUCAGAUUCUGUUUAAUUAUGAAAGUAAGUUAAUAUUUAUUGCUAUUGGAGGCAAUUCUGAUGAAAGCAUUUCUGGCCAGAUUUUAGCAGUGUGGUUUGUUUAAAUGUAUUUCUAAUUGUUGAAAUAGGUUACACAGACCAGUCUCAUGUUUCAUCCUCAAAUAGAAAAAGUGCCUGAAAAUCAUGGGGUACGUUCAUGUGACAGGUGGCAUUUUGAUUUCAUCCAUCCAGAUGUUGUAGCAUAACCGUACUAGUGCGGGACCAAUAUUACCUUUAGUCAUUAAUGUUUAGCCAUGAGGUGGUGAGAAUCCUCAUCAUCGGCCUCACUGUCCAAUCUGCUGAUUAAUGCAUGACUCCUUCUGUUUAAGCUUUCAGAGUUUUCUAUGUUGUAUAAUUUUAAGCUGUGAUGUUUGUAUGAACUUUUUUGAGUGAUAGAAAUUGUUUGCAAAGCCUGUAAGCUCUACACUAAUUGUGUACAAUAGAUGUACAGUUCAGAUGAUUUACAGUGCAAUAUUUUAAUUGCACUUUCGUGUAUUAUUAUAGAAAACUAAAAUUUUAUUUAGAAAGGGUUGCAUCUGUAAUAGCACCAAUCUUUCCAGAGCCACUAGUUUUACUAAAGGAACAGCUGACCUUUCUACUGAAAUGGACUAAAGGCUUUUCACCCCCUCUGCCUGUGGACAGAAUGGUGUUUGCAUGUGAUAAUCUAAGCCGAAAAUAAAAUUUUCUUAAAGCGUU